UAGGCGCCAGCAGACAGCCACACACGGCGCAAAUUUUGUAGUUGAUUUUUAUGUACAGUAGGAUUGGGAUGCGACAUGUUAAAGUAUAUUCCAAAUGUUGAAAUGGGACUUUGCAAGUCAACGGACCCCUGGUGUCGUCGCUUAGGCCCAUGUUCCAUGCUUGUGAUUGCGCUGAAACCAAGCGCCAAUCACAGCCUCCGCAUGAGAUCGUCGCUCCCCAAGCUCCAAAGCUCCCUUGCGGACCUCAAUCCACAUCCGCUGCAGACUCUCCCGUCUCCCUCCUUUCAUCUUCUCAGCACGCAAAAAGCCCACGCCCAACUCCUCAAGUCUGGAACCCCCGUAGAAUCCUCGCACAUCGUCCCGUCCUACUGCAACUGCGGCGCAUUCCCAUCCGCUCGCAAACUGUUCGACGAGACAUCCCACUGGGACUUGGUCUCCGCCACCGCUAUCAUCGGCGCCUUCGCUCGCCACAACCGCCACCGCGAUGCCGUCGCCCUCUUCUCCCGCAUCCUUUCCCUCGAUAUCAGGCCCAACCAAUUCACCUUCGGCACCACUCUCCAUUCCUCCACUGCUCUUCGUAGCCUCGACGUCGGCAGGCAGCUCCAUGCUUGCACAACAAAGAUGGGCCUCCAAUCCAAUGUCUUCGUCGGCAGCUCUCUUCUUGACCACUACGCCAAACUGGGCACCAUCGAAGAAGCCCAGCGUGCAUUCGAAGACACUUGCAAUCCAAAUGUAGUUUCGUACACCGCGUUGAUAAGCGGGUGCCUGAAGAACGAGCGGUUCGACGAUGCUCUCUGGCUCUUCCGGAGCAUGCCGGAGAGGAAUGUGGUCUCGUGGAAUGCGAUGAUAGGUGGCUGCAGCCAGGUUGGUCUGAACGAAGAGUCUGUGAAUCUCUUCGUCGAGAUGUGUCGAGAAGGUGUUCGGCCUAAUGAGUCUACCUUCCCUUGUGUACUCGGUGCCGCCGCCAAUAUAGCGGCACUUGGGAUGGGCAGAAGCUUUCAUGCUUGUGCUAUAAAAUAUUUGAGUAGGCCUGAUGUUUAUGUGGGUAAUUCUCUCAUUAGCUUCUAUGCAAAGUGCGGUUGUUUGGAAGACAGUGUCUUGGUAUUUGAUAAGCUCGAGGAGAGGAACGUUGUUUCUUGGAAUGCUGCGAUUUGUGGCUGUGCACAGAACGGCAGAGGGGAGUUGUCCUUGGAAUUGUACGGUAGGAUGCGGGCUUCGAAUUUGAAGCCGAACGGUGUCACCCUUCUGGGCCUGUUGUUUGGCUGCACCCAUGCAGGCCUGGUGAAGGAGGGUUACAACUACUUCAACUUGGCUAAGACAGAACAACCAGAGAUACUGAGAGCUGAGCACCAUGCUUGUGUGGUUGAUCUACUUGCUCGCUCUGGGAGAUUGGGAGAUGCCGAGAGGUUUCUUCAGGAGCUACCAUUCGAGCCGGGGAUCGGGUUUUGGAAGGCUUUGCUUGGAGGCUGCCAGAUACAUUCCAAUAAGGACUUGGCCGAGACGGUUGCUCGCCGGAUCAUUGCGCUGGACCCGAAGGACAUAUCGUCUUAUGUUCUGCUGUCCAAUGUGUACUCUGCGGCCGGUAGAUGGCAGAGCGUGUCGGCGAUCAGGAGGGAGAUGAAGGAGAAGGAGAUGAGGAGAAUUCCUGGAUGCAGCUGGAUUGAGAUCAGGAACGAGGUCCAUGUGUUCUUUAAUGGGGAUAGGAAGCAUCCUCAGACUGAUGAGAUUUAUAGAAUACUAAUGACAUGCUUGGAUAAUUAAAGUCAUGCUCAUCUGGACAGUUGGACUCUUCCAUUGUGACAAUAGAAUGCGAAGUUAGCUUGCUUUGUAGUAUACGAGCU